AUGUCCAAACGAGUGCGGAGGACACAAGCACAAGUAAUCAUAGUAAAGGAGCAGGAGGAGGAGGAGGAUGAUGACACGAACACAGACCCAAGAAUAAGACAAGCACCUCCACAUCAUGUCAUUUGCAAAGAGGAGGAGGAGUACGGCAGCGAUGAUGUUGGCGAUGUGACUCCAGAGUCACCACAUGAGGACAACGAUGAUGAUGAAGAGUCUCUAACUACAUCCACCACAACGACCACCACAUCACCAAGUUCAGAGAGGAUGAGUAGUAUCAGGGCUGAUCAUCGUCUUAAUAGGAAGUACAACUGUCUUCAUAAUGGGUACACAGCUACAUACUGUGAUCCUUACAAGCCUAUCGCAUCUGUGGAUUCAGUACGUCGCCGGACGACACAGAGCAUACACUUGACCCAUCCUUUGGCGAGCACCAGGGAAUUCGUGCCCAGACCCGACGACACCGACUCAAUCAAGAUGAUGUUGGCAAAUGGAUUCACCAAGUGUCCACACACUGAAUGUGGCCAAUACUUCCCGACCUACAAAGGCAAGACUGCACAUAUUUAUCGUGUGGCCCACGAAUGCUCCAAUCCAGACAGCUGUCCUGGCUGCCAACGCGGUAACAAGCCAGCCAAAUCAACCGAAACACUGAAGCGCAAGCGUAGGGAUCGACGCAAGGAUGAGGAGGAGGAAGACGAGGAUGGCGAGGGUCAAGGCAGAGGUGGAAAGAUGGAUAAAAAACGUUGUCUGCAUGACAACUGCUCAUUGGAAGUCACAGCGCUCCACGUACAUUGCAAAAAUGUGCAUGGGUGCACUCGCACGUAUGCAAGCUGUCCAAACCAGCGGGCAUAUCGCGUCAGAUUCUUCCAGGUGGCGACAACGGACACCAACUCAGCCAAGAUGAUAAAGGACGAUGGACUGAUCAAAUGCAUUCAUACAAAGUGCCACAAAUGGUUCAGGACAAUGGUUAACAUGUUGAACCAUCAGAAGGACCAUCGAGGACGCAAGUGCGACGAUCACCCCACCUGCAAGGGCUGUCAGCGUCUGGCGGUUGCCAUGAAUGCCGCCAACGUCAUUUUGCCUCAGUCCACACACAACAUCAGUUGUCGACAUGAGGGCUGCACCAGAAUGUUUACAACCGUCGAGUAUCUGUGCAACCACUGUCGGCUGGACCAUUUGUGCUCGAUGAGAUACGCCAGCUGUCCAAACCUGUGGGCGUAUCGUACGACCAGAUUUCGGGCAGCACCAGAAGACACCGAGUCAAUCAAAAUGCUCCUUGCCAAGGGACUGAUCAAGUGUCCACACACAUCUUGCGACCUGUUCAUGAUGGUCAGCACUUCAAAGGGGCAUCCAAAAAUUGCACAUCCUCUCUGCGAUGGACAAGCAUGUGAUGCAUGUCAGAGAUACAAGCGUGUUGAUAAUAAUGAUGAUGAUGUGGAUGAUGAUGAUGAUGACGAAGAUGAUUAUGCAGAUGUAGAGGACAUCAUCAAAAUUAUCAUCAUCAAAUGCCCUCAUAAUGGAUGUUUGGAGUAUUUCCAAACAAUGGACGUCAUGAAAAUCCAUCUUCAUCAGGAUCACCAGUGUCCCGCAAACCCAUCCUGUGAUGGAUUAUUUGGUCUGAUCCUCAAUUGGGAUAUAUAA